CUAGUUCUCUCCCUCUCUCUUUCGAUCUGACCCAACAUAUCUGCCAUUUGAAGUUUGACGGACGGACAAUUCAGAGUCGUCAGAAUGACGAAACACCCAAUAUCCGUCGGCGCUGCCGUAGAUGCGCAAGAUUUCGCAGGCGAGCAACAAGGUCUGCUAGAUCUUAUUGACAAGCUUCAGUUCGCCCAACUCGACAAUGUGAAACUUCCUCAGAUCGUGGUGGUUGGAGAUCAAUCAGCUGGGAAGAGUUCCGUACUAGAAGCGAUAUCCUCAACACCAUUCCCAAGGGAAGCUGGCGCUUGCACGAGAUUCGCGACAGAAAUCAGGUUGAGAAGAUCAGACGAAUUGAAGUUCGUGAUAAAAAUCAUACCUGACAGAACUCGUCCGAUGGCUGAGCAAAAACGACUUUUGGAUUUCGGGAAUCAUGUGGAUAAGACGGUACCAUUUGAUGUUCUCAUGAGCCAUGCAGUGGAACAGAUCGCACCCAAACGGAUCCCCGGCCGAUUCGCCACGAGAGAUAUCUUGGUAGUCGAGAAGUCUGGUCCAACAGAGCCUCUUUUGACUCUUGUGGAUUUGCCUGGUCUCGUCCGAAAUGCAAACAAUGAUCAAUCCGAGGAGGACAUCAAAGCCAUCAACGAUCUGACGGACAGAUAUAUGAAGAGUUCUCGGACAAUCAUUCUCGCAGUUGUCGGUGGAAAUGGAGAUUACGUCCAAGCACCUGUCCUGAACAAAGCUCGGAAAUUUGACCCUUCAGGUUCUCGCACGAUCGGUGUCCUCACCAAGCCGGAUUUGACGGAAUCAAUUGGUCUUGAAGACAAGUUCAUCGCUUUGGUCAAUAAUCAAGACAAACACAACGACUUCAAACUCGGAUGGUACGUCCUUCUUAAUCCUGGACCUCGAGAUGUAGGACAGGAAUGGCCAACGGCUGAGGAGAGGAAGGCAAAGGAGGACCAGUUUUUCAAUAACGGCAAAUGGGCAUCACUUUCACCGAACAUGUGCGGCGUGGCAGCCUUGAAGCAGAAGCUCAGCCAGCAACUUCAAAGACAUAUCGGCAAGCAUGUCAGGACCCUCCGAGAUGAGAUUUCAAAGGCACUUCAGGAAUGCGAGGCAGAGCUGAAGAGUAUGGGUACUGGGAAGGAUACGAUCGAGGAGAUGCGUGGUGAACUUAUUGCACUUUGCUCCGAUUCGAGUGAUCUCGUCAAGCCCGCGGUCGACGGUACAUUCAAGAAUCCUCCUGGAAAAUCUUUCUUCCCUAGAGGAGUUGAUGCUCGCGGUACGCCAGCUCAAAAGCUUCGUGCUCGGGUCGUGGAUGAGAAUCGUCGGUUUGCAGCUCGUGUGAGAUUGAUCGGCCACAAACACAACUUCACACCUGGACCUGAAACGCAGAAUCCUGUGCAGAGGGUUAUAAAGGGAACGAUGACCAAAGCACAGUUCGCCAAGAAGGAGGUUGAACCUCUGAUCCAGCAGAAUACCGGAACAGAAUUUCCUCUCGAUUACAACCCCCGCCUUGUUUACUCGCUUUUCCAAGAAUAUUCUGAGAAUUGGCCAAGACUUGCUCAACAGCACAAGGACAAUCUUGGUGUUAUCUGUAGCGAGUUUCUGGCUGAAGUCAUUGAUGAUGUUUGGCCACAGCGGAUGCGUGAACCACUUCGGACCGAGUUCUUGGAUCAGCAGAUGAAAGAGAUGCUGGACAAAGCUCGGGCUGAAGUCGUCAAUCUGGAGAAUGACCAGCAUCUCGAGGUUCAGCCAUACGACUUGGAAUAUACUGAACGAAUUAAGCAGUGGCGUUCUGCCGCUCCACCCGAGAGCCCAUACACUGAGGCUGAAGAAGUUUUGGAGAAGAUGCUCAUCCAUUAUGAGCUUUCAUCCAGAAUUUUUAUCACGAAUGUAAUUACCCAAGUCAUCGAGCGCCAUCUGCUGCAAGGACUAUAUGGGAUCUUCGGAUCAGUCAAGAUCUAUAACCUCAAAGAUACACAGAUCGAGCGAAUUGCAGCUGAGAACAAAGCUACACGCGACAAGCGACUCGCUUUGAAGGCGAAGAAGGUUGCCAUCGAGGAAGCUGGAGAUAUCUGCGCCAAACUCUCCAUGCGCAAGGAGCUUAGGUCAUAUGAAGAAGAUGAUCUGGAUAACGCCAGUUCCGACGAUGAAGACAUCCCCACGCCCUCCUCCGCGGAGCAAAGUCGAACUCAGCGAAGAUCCCAUAAACCGGUCCCAGAGCCGUCUCAGCAGGCUCAGCAGGCUCAGCAGGCUCAGCAAGCAGCUCCUAUCCGCGCAACGCCAACAGUCGUUGAUGUCAGCACCCCGGUUACAAACUACAUUCCCGCCCGCGAACCCCGCGAGUACUCAUCCACAGCCACACCAACGCACACUGGCAAUGAUUACUCGCGUACACCUGGCGGAUGGAACGACGCCGAAUACCACAAUCCCACACAAAGUGAGCCACAAUAUCCUCCACCCCCACCACGUCGUCCAGACAAGCAGCGAAUCGAUGAUCCAUUCUAUCCUGUCUCGCCACCUGAUUCGGGGAGCAGAAGGAAUUUUGCGGAGGAAACGACUAAUGGAAAUGGGAAUGUGAAUGGACAUCGCUCGACUCCUUCGUAUCCCGAGGUUCCGGUCAGAGCGCCGAGCACGAAUAGUAUUCCGCAGCAGCAGGAUUAUGUUGAUGAUUAUGGGAGGGCUGGGCCAGGAAAGAAGACUGCGAGGUGGUUGAAGGGGAUGAAGAAUUAGAUGGUGGAUUUCGUUGAUGUGUCAAUUUUGUGAUGGGACGGACGGGUCACUAUUUUUGGGUGUUUAGAUUGGUGUUUGUGGUAGGGUGUGGUCAGGUUUCGUUGCUCAGCGUUCGUUAUACCACGCCGAUAGAGAACCCUUAUUAUGUAG